AUGGAGUACAGCAAAUUCAGCCGUUUUCACGAUUCUCUAACACAGUUUAAAUGUUACGAGGAUUAUCUGGACUCAAAAGUCACGCCACUGGAUCUGUUUUACUUUAAAAAGGAGUUGGCCCUUAAGCUGGUGGAACACGGCCACAGGGGCACGGUCCUGAGCAGGGAGGAAUUUGAGGAGAGGAAAGCAGCUGUGCAGGCUGCAGAGACUGCAAAGAGCAACGCUUUCUACGACAGGAGCCGGCCAGUGACACUGGCAAGUGCAGGAAAAGAACUCAAAGAUAACUUCCUGAAAGCCCUGGCAGAGCGAGAGGAGGCCAACCGCAGUGGGAAAAUGACUUCGGUCAUUUUCAUAAGGGAUCAUAAUACUCUUGGACAGGAAGUAUCUGGCUAUAUAGACUACGCCCACAGACUCAAGACCCAAGAUUUUGAACCAUAUUUCAGUGGAAAGAAGAGGCUCAUGCCAGCACGCUCAGAUUUAUGCUACUACAACUGGAAGACGCAAGUGUCCACUUCCAACUCGAGCCCAAACUUUGAGGUGAUUUAUGACGACCCUAACGGCCUUCUCUUUAAGAACAAGAGGGACAAAAAGAUUCUGAAUUUGGACCCUUUGUCUGGUCCUGGCGAGGACUCCAACAGGACAUUCCUGCAGUCGGACAUCUACAUCCAUGUUGUCAUCUACGACCACAACGUCAGGACAGUCUAA